AUGAUCUCACCGUACGCGCGCGGUGGCCAGAGCCUGAGGUCGGUCACGGUGACGCAGUUGCAGGACCGAUCCGCCGCCCCGCCGUGCACGGUGACACACACUAUGCCCGCCGUCCUGUUCGGGAUCGGGGGCUACGUGGGCAACUACUGGCAUGACUACACCGACAUUCUGGUGCCAUUGUUCGUCGCGUCGCGGCGGUACCACGGCGAGGUGACGUUCCUGGUCAGCAACAUCCAGCACCUGCCGCGGUGGCUGGUCAAGUACAGGGCCUUGCUGCAUGGGCUGUCCAAGUACGAGGUCGUGGACAUGGACCGAGACGCGUAUGUGCGGUGCUUCCCGCGCGUCACGGUGGGGCUCCACCUCGACAAGGAGCUGACCAUCGUCCCCGAGCUGGUGCCGGGGGCUCCCCUCACCAUGGCCGACUUCACGCGGUUCGUGCGCGAGACCUACGCGCUCCCACGCGAAGCACCGACCCGGGAGCCGGGCAAGAAGCCGCGGCUGCUGCUGAUCCACCGGGGGGACUUCCGCCGGUUCCUGAACGAGCAGGAGAUACUGCAGGCGGCGGAGGCGGCGGGGUUCGAGGCGGCGCUGUCGGAGCCGCGGGUGAACGGGUCCGAGACGGAGCAGGCGCGGCUGGUGAACUCGUUCGACGUGGUGCUGGGCAUGCACGGCGCGGGGCUGACGAACGCGGUGCACCUGCCGCCGGGCGGCGUGCUGAUCCAGGUGGUGCCGUACGGGAAGAUGGAGUACCUGGCGAGGGCGGAGUUCAGCGAGGGCGCGACGGACAUGGGGCUCAAGUACCUUGACUAUAGCAUAAGCGCGGAGGAGAGCUCGCUGAUGGAGACGCUGGGGCCGGAGCACCCGGCGAUCAAGGACCCUGAGUCCAUCCACCGCAGUGGUUGGGAGAAUAUGUUUAAGCUCUACCUUAAGCAGAACGCCCGCAUCAACACCACCCGCUUCGCGCCAACGCUGGUGCAAGCGUUCGACCACCUACGACAGCAGUAG